AUGUUGACACUUUUGAGUGAAUUAAAGUUUAUGACAAGUCGGGAAGAUGAAUUGAGCAUUAAAAAUACUGAUUUUGGUGUAUUUAAAUCCAGUGAAAAAAAUUCGUCAGCAAAUUCAACAGGUGAUAGCAAAACUUGCUAUUAUGCAAAGAAAGACUAUGGAGAAAGAAGAGGAUUUAAUAGCUCAUUAAAUAAUAAAGGAAAUGCAAAGCUCAAAAGUAAUCUCAAGCAUGUCGAAGAGGAAAUUAAGACCAAAAAGGUAGUUUUUUGUGGCUGGAUGAACGAGAAGCUUUUCCAAUUGAUGCUAUCUAAUGGAUUACUAAUAUACAUUGAGAUCAAUAUAUUUACGGGAGACAUCAAGAAGAUCAAUUUUGAUCGUUAUUUCAUCGGAAAAACUGUUUCAGAAAAUAUUUGUGAUGUUAUAAUCACAAGGCAGCAUAUACUCAUCUCAUAUAAUGAGAAUCAGAUAACAUUUGUGCACUUUCAAAAACCAUCAGUAAGGAACAAUGUACAGAAAAUAGCUACUGGCGAUCCAAAAAUAUUCAACAUAAUCGUUGAUGGACAGACGAAAAAGAUCAAUAGAAACCUUGUUAUCAAUCACAGUAAUGACUUGGUUCUAAUAUGGACUAAAUCGUCACAAAAUGAAUUCUUUCCUUGGCGUCCCACCGUUAAGGAUGAGGAACGAGCAAAUUUGCACAUUUAUAAACUGAAUCGACUAAAAUUUGACCUGUUAUGCUUUUAUUGGACAGAGAAUGAUCCUAUUGCCUUUGAGUUUUCAACAUUUAAUGAGAAUGAAAUUCAUUCUGUAGAACAAAAGAUAUCAAGGAAGGGUGAAGUGACUGUAGAAUCAUGUACUUAUUAUAUAUCGAGCAGUAAAUUUAAAAUGCAAAGAACAUCUGUGACUUCAAUUCCUUUACAAACUGAAGUUUCAUGUAGUGCAUUUAGUCCUGAUCAUGAAAAGCUUUUUAUGGGAUGCAUUGAUGGAUCUGUGGUACUUUUUGAUGAAGGUCGAGGAACUACAUAUCUUGUUAAAGCAUCCUUCAUUCCUACACAAGUUACUUGGCAUCCAGAUUCGUCAAUAAUCAUUAUUGCUAAUGAACGUGCUCAAUUACAAUGCUUUGACAUUUCUCUUUCAUGUAUUAAAAAUCAACUGCUUAGUGAGGAAAUGACUCCUUCAAACGUGCUAGAUUUAUCGGGAUUUUUUGUACGACAACCUAUGCUUCAGAAAAUUGGAUGGAGCAAAAAGCCUGACAUAAAUUAUCAUUACGAAAAAUAUGCACAAGUUGACAAUUUUCUACUUCUUUACUUCCAAAAUGGUAUCUUUGCAAGUUUGAGAUAUAUUGGUGGAACUGGAUUAAAAAAUGAUAUUCAUACGUCAGGAUUAACAGCAGAUGUAAUAAUCCAAAUGUAUAUUAGCCUCGAUCAAAUUGAUAAAGCUAUUAACGUUCUACUUAGUCUUAAUUGGGAUAGUUAUGGUGCUUUAUGCUUGCUAUCGCUUCAUAAAAUUGCCAAUUAUAUCUUUAAACAACCUGCAAUACCUGAAAUGGAAGAGCUAUUACAAAAGGCACUAAGUAGCUUUCAUAUUCCAACGAGACCUUUAUGUACCGAGACAGAAAAUGAGUUUGGAGACAAUGUCGAUGAUAUUACACGUAGAUUCUUCCAUUAUUUGAUCAGGAAUAAGUCUUUUGAGAAGGCAUUUAGUCUUGCAAUUGACAUAAAUGAUGCAGAUUUGUUCAUGAUUCUUCAUAAAUGUGCAAAAUCGCUGGGAGUAAGCGACUUGGCUAAUGAGGCUUUCAAAAAAGUUGAGGAAAUAUAUGCAAAGGAGGAAAUUGACAGCCAUCAUUCAACAUGCUCGAUAACUUCAUGCUCAAUUUGCUCAAAUUCUUAUCAUACAGACAGCGAAGAAGAGUCUGAAGCAGAAAUUUAUGAACAGGAAAAUAAUGUAAAUGCAGAAGAAAUGUCUGAUGAAGAUUUUGGAUCUGAAAUCAAGAAAACUCCAGAACGAGAACUGAAAAAGAGUGUCUCAGUUGAUAUUUUGAACCAUCCGCCACUUCCUAGAUUCCCACGAUUUGACGUUAAAAACUUUCAGAAAAGUGAGAAAAUUCCUCCGUUGCCAAAUUUCGAGACAUUGCCAAAAGAAAGUCACAAUUCAUUAGUUGUUCAUAAAAGGUUGACAUCCAGUGAAUUAACACUACAGAAUGUCACAAAAUUCAACAAAACGUCGUCAAAGACUAAAUUCAAAACAGUGGACCCACCAAGCACAAGCACUUUUGAUCCAAUGUCGCUGUUUAAUUCUAAGAAUCCACACAAUAUUAGGGAAAUAAGAGAAAUUCUUCCAAGCACUAAAAGUAUACCAGAAAUUGAUCAAACUAUUGGAAUUCCAGUAAAUUAUGAUUCAGCUGACAAUUCUCUUAAUCCAUAUUAUAUCCAUCCAAAAGAUAAUAAUCAAAAUAAUGAGUUUCAGCCUUCAACAACCAUUCAUACGUAUCCAUUAAUAUCAGGAACGAUUCCAUCUAUGGCACUUGGAACACAACUCAAAAAUAUAAGCACUUUACCAUUAGUAUCAACAUUAAUCAAUUCCAAACGUGAAAUUGGAAUUCCAACAAACUCAAUAUUAUCAAAUUCGAAUAAUGUACACCCAACAAAUAGUAAUAGCAAUAUGAACAAAAAGGAAGGAGGUGAAAAAAAUAAAGUCAAGUUCUCAGAUACUGUACAUGUUGCUGUGGUUCCUGAAAUAUCAAGGAAAGAGAAAACAGUUAAUUUUAAUGAACGGAUUAUGAAAAGGAAGACAUAUCCGCCGGGUUAUGAUCCAAUAAAGCGUGAAUUAGCAGCUAGUUUGCCACUUUGUCAUCCAAAUGAGGAAUAUUUAAAAGACUUCCUGCCAGCACCAGAUAAAGUAAGCAGUAAGGAAGAAAAGAAGAAGCCAUCCAUAAAAGUUGUGAAUUUCGGAGUAUUAUAA